AUAGCGUUUCCAUUAAGUUGAACAAUUGCUAUCUCCUUAUCUCUGAUUUCGGUCAACUAUUGUUUUUUAAACAUGAAUCAUUGUCAUUUACAAUGAACCUUGACAAAACGAAUUUUCCUAUAGUUUUAACGUACAUAUUUUGCUAAUUGUUAAUUCGAACCCCUUAAUAUAGGAGACAUCGGAAGAUGUAUGAAUUAGCAUCGGCUCAGAAAUGCGUCGAAGAACUCAUACUGCAUUCAAUUCAAGAAAAUGCUACUUGCAUUGCUGUACGUGUUGAUUGGGCAAACCAAUUCUUACAGGUUGUCAACAAUGGAAAAGGAACUGUGUUAACAGAAAUUCACCAAUUAUGCUCAAGGCUUCAAUUGAGAAACAAAGUAGAGGAAUUUAUAGCAAGUAAUCAUCUUGAAGAAGCUCUGUAUGUUAUUGGUCAAAACUGUAUGUCUAUUGACAUAGAAGGCCAAUCAAAAAAUUCAAGUUCCUCUUACAAAAGGUGUUACCGAAAAGGGGUUUGGUCCAAUGUUGAACGUGUUGGAAAUAGGUCAACGUCAGGCACAACAAUGUCUGUGUAUGACUUUUGUUUGUCAGAGCCAGAAGAGGAAACAAAUACCAGCCUUUUUUGCUUAUCACUAGAGAAACUUAUUGCAAGUUUCUUUUUGCUUCAUCCCAACAUAUCGUUUUCACUUCGAUUUGAUUCUUCAAAGCCACCCCUUCUCCAAACAAAAAAAGAGAAGAACACAAUACUUGCGACUCAACAGCUAUUCCAAUUGAAAAGCUGUGAAAGCAUAUUACCCUUUCGCGGCCUAAGUUGUCAUUUCAAAAUUAAAGGCCUUCUUGUACCGGAUAUGGAUAAGCAUUAUUGGUUUAUGUUUGUUAACAGUCGGCUGGUUGAAUCCAGUGAAGUUCUCAAUUUCAUCACGUCGGUUUUGUUCAGUGUGUCAUCCAGUACAGGGCAACAGUUUUCUGUUGUUCUAAACAUUAAGUGUUCGCGUGCAGCAUACAAAUAUGCAAUUUCGUCAGAAGGUGAAAGAAAUGUCAUCUUUUCGCACAGUAAUGAGUUACUGUCGUUGAUUCGCAGCUCGCUGGAUAGGUUUAUUUCUCGUGCUCCCUUAAAAAAAGCGGCCUUAGUUACGAGUUGGCUCGCAACUGCCUACAACAAGGAUCUAAUCAGCUCAAGUCUCCUCAGUACAGAUGAUCUCAAAUCAAACGAACAACGGCAAACUAAAAAAAAUUUGAUAACCCCAGGGAUCUCCUCACCCUUGUCAUGUGAAACAAAUAAUUUGCCACCCGCACAUUAUUAUGGCAAAAUCACGAAUUCGCUUCCGGUCGUUAGCCAUGCGACAGAAGAUAUUGAAAUGCGGAUUAAACAAUCUCCACAUUUUUUACAGUCCUUUCCUUCAUCAUCUCUGUUGAGCCCGAACCACCUGACCCGGUUGUGGGAAGAAGAUGAGCAAAUGGCAGUAAACGGUGAGCUGCACCAUAAGAUUGAAAUCCAGCCACCUUGUGAUAAGACUUCCAAUGGCUCACCAUUCAAUACAGAAUCAAAAGACAACGAAAUUCAAGAAAAAUCUCGUGAACGCUUAGAUCUUAAAAGAAGACAAUUAUCUACAGAUGACGGGUCUCAUUUUAGUCCUAAGAGACGAUUCACCAUUGGACAGUUUUGGGUUCAACCGAAAUUACCACCCAAUAUAGCAGCCGCAAACUUAAAUAGACUAUUGGCAACAGCAUUACAAAGGCAAUGCAAAUUUACAAAAGAUGUUAUGAGCAACAUACGCGUAAUCAAUCAAGUUGAUCAAAAAUUCAUUUGCUGCGUCACACAAGAGGGAGACAAGCGCUAUCUCGUACUUGUUGAUCAGCAUGCGGCACAUGAGCGAAUCUGCUUGGAAAGGCUUAUGCAAAUGCACUCGACCAAGAAUGAGGACGGCUAUGUUCAGGUCCAAUCUUCGCCAAUUCAGCCACAUCUCUCAAUGUCUUUUUAUUCGCAAGAUCUGGAGAUGAUUCAAAAGUUAAGCGUCGAGUUUACUCGUUACGGUUUACAUAUGCAGUUCAGUGAUUCCAGUGUGGUAGUAACGCGUGUUCCAGCUUGUUUUUUGGCAAGAGAAAUCAAUGAGAUUCAGAGAAAACGAAAUUCUUUGUACAAGGACUUGGUGAUGGCACUGAUUGAAGAAACAAUUUCCGAAUAUACGAAGAAUGGAAGACUUAGCACCUGCAUAUUACCAGUACAAAUUCGGAAUGUUUUAAAUUCUUUGGCGUGCCACGGAGCAAUCAAAUUUGGUGAUGAGCUUUCGUUGUUGCAGUGCACUCAAUUGGUGAGAGCUCUAGGCCAAUGUGACGUGCCCUUCCAGUGUGCUCACGGGCGACCUCUCCUAGCACCAUUACUUGAGCUCGGUGAACUUAACCCAUUGGUUCCGUUCGAAAUGACGCCAAACGUUGUUAGACCAAAGUAUGCACGUUUGCGCGAUUAUAAUUUAUCGUUAUUGUAGCCUGUUAUUCUUCAGUUCUGUUUCAGUGAAGACGAGGAAGUUAAAUCGAAUUUGUUAUUUCUCGCAAAGCUAGUUGAAAAUAAUUGUAAAAUACCAUUUCAUUUUUGUUUAAAA